AUGAGUAUCAUCACAGAAGGAAAUGCAAGAAGCUCUUCGUCUGUGCAUCGCGUGUUGCGCGCGCAGGGCAUGUCGGAGGCAUCGCACCUGUCGGCGGCGGCGGGGCGCCAGCUGCGGCAGGCGCUGCAUGGGCUGGACCAGGCUGCGCACGACCUGCGCCUGCGCGCGCAGCAGCCCCGCGUGGCGCGCAGCCCCUCCGCCGCGCCCGCGCCCGCGGCCGUCUGCGGGGACAUCCUCGACUCCAUCCACCGCAGGGUCAGCAACAUCAAGUACCAGGUUUUGGAUCUGACGGAGAUGCUUGAGAAGUUCGGCCUGCCGCCCGCUCAAGCGCUGACGCAAGAGAUAGACCAAGCCGCUGCGGCAGCAAAUCAGAUCGUACAAGCAGACGCCGUUCCCGCUGCAACCUCCACUCACGAGCCCUCAACUACCCUUCAGCCCUCCACCUCCCCUCCGACCUCAACAACCCAUACGACCUCACCUACACACCCAUCCUCUCAACAAUCAGCGCAAAGCUUUCGUAGGAUGGAGGAGGACGAUGCGGAGGUGGAGCAGCAGGUAAUCCUUGGCAGCUCCCCCUCGAAGAGCGACACCAACACGUUCGUCAGCAACGUCAUCAAGGGAAUCACAUCGAUUCCUGACAAAGUUGUGGCGGCGGUGGAUAAGGUUGCUGGUGAAAUCAAGGGACACAUUGCAUCAGCUCAGUCACAUAUAAGUGAGAAACCUGUUAAGACACCGGCAGCUUUUCGCGCGGCUGAGGAGUCUACGACUACUCCGUCUGCAAUUGAGGACAUCGAUGAAGAAUAUUCCACGCCAGCGACCACUUCAGAAAGGAACAUCGCUGUAACGUCAACAACAGAUCUAUACCAACUCUUGCAGCACGUCGAACAAGUGUUCAAGGAUUCUUUCGAAUUCCGAAAUUCGACAACUGCCUUACUCGACCAAGACACAAUUGAUAAUUUGACACGCAUUGACAUGUCUAUUGUUAGCAGCUUUGUGACCCAGAAUCCAAACCUACGAACCAGCUCAGAGGAUCAAGUUACAGAAGGGACGAAGUUAUCAUCUCUUCUCAAAGUCCCAGAACUCACCGUUUGGCAGGUGCCGGCGCCGACGUUCGUGCCGUACCCCAUGGGGCCCGGGGGCUUCGGCCUGCAGACGCUCAAGACGCAACAGCAGCUGUUCUUCUCGCCCGCGGCGUCGAUGCCGCAGCUGUGGACGGUGCCCGUGUGCUUCCCGGCGGCGCCGGCCCCGCCCUCGGCGCCCGCGCCCUCCGCCCCG